UAAUUAAUGUCAUUUAUUAACAUCGCAUUUUCUUUUAAUAUAAUUCUAGAUAGUUAUAGUUGAAUUCAAGACUUUUUGGUUUUUAGGUAUAUACGAGUGGUGGUUGAAAGAUUAUUUUAAAAAUGAUUAGUUUAAAUUUUAAUUGAGGUAUAAAAUUUGAUAUUCUCGGUCUUUCAAAUUUAACCAAGACAAAUGCAAUUAGGCAUGAGCCAUCAUUUGUUCUUCCUUCUUUUACAAGAGAAUUGCGCUCCUUCAAUUGAAUGUGUUUAUUCAAACUUUUACUAAGUUUUGUAGCCAUUUAUUUGUCACGUAUUUCUGGUUAACCAUUUAUUUGUCACGUAUUUCUGGUUAACCAUUUAUUAUGUAUUCUAGGAUUAUUAUUUUUUAGUUUGAGUUCAACAAUAUGUACGUAGGUUAGUAUAUAUAAUGUAGUACCAUAAUUAAACAAUAAUUCUUUGCUUCUAAUCUCAUACAUCUAACUAUAUCAAAACGACAAAACCAACAAACCACAGUGUACCAUCCUCAUCGAAUAAUUUUCCAAUUUACAAAACUUACAUCAUAUUUUGGGGAAGAAGAUUCUUUUCAAAUUCCUCCAUAGUUGACAGCAUAAAAAAUGGGAGUCUAGAUUUGUUUAUUUUGCUGUUACCCCUUACCCUAUUAUUGAGGAUCUUGUUGAAAUUCUGUUCCCACAUUUGGCAUUUCUAUCUUCCAUCUUUGGAAUCCACAAGAAUCUCUCUCUUCUUUGAUUCAUUCCACACUCCCAUAGAUUCACAAAUUAUUCUAUGGAAUCCCUCACAAUUUCACUGUUUCAUAUUAACCGUCGGACACCCUUUCAAACACACCUUUCUUUUCAAUCAAACGGUCCAAAAACAAUAAUGAGAUUAACUUUUUGUUUGCUACGUGGUAAUGUUUAAUUGGGUACCGGGUGGGUUGCACAAAUGUAGUUAUUGUUUAAGCAAAGCAUUGAAGUUUUUUCCAAUUUCUUGCAAACCACUUAUAAACCCCCCUCUUAUUUUCACCCUACAAUUUGUCAUCUCCUCCUCCUCCUCCUCCUCUCCUCCAGCCAUGGCAGAAAUGGCCUGCUCCGCUGCCGACCUCCACCACCUCCUCGGCGGCUCAGCCAAUGCCACUGCUGUCGCCGAGUACAUUUGCAGCCGAUUUGAGUCUGUGUCGACGAAAUUCGUGGACACGACGUACGCAGUUGACAACACCUAUCUUUUGUUUUCAGCAUACCUUGUAUUUGCAAUGCAGCUUGGAUUUGCAAUGCUUUGUGCUGGGUCAGUUAGGGCGAAAAACACAAUGAAUAUAAUGUUAACAAAUGUUCUUGAUGCAGCAACUGGUGGAAUAUUUUAUUAUGUGUUUGGAUUUGCUUUGGCAUUUGGAACACCUUCAAAUUCCUUUAUUGGGCAUCAUUAUUUUGGGCUUUCACAAUUCCCAUCUUCUUCAUUUGAUUAUGGCUUCUUUUUGUUUCAAUGGGCGUUUGCAAUUGCUGCUGCUGGAAUUACAAGUGGAUCCAUUGCUGAAAGAACUCAAUUUGUUGCUUAUUUGAUCUAUUCUUCUGUUUUGACUGGUUUGGUAUAUCCGAUUGUUUCUCAUUGGUUUUGGUCAUCCGAUGGUUGGGGAAGUGCCGCCCGGUCCGACAAACUCCUUUUCGGCUCCGGCGUAAUCGACUUCGCCGGCUCCGGCGUCGUCCACAUGGUCGGAGGAAUCGCCGGUUUAUGGGGCGCCCUCAUAGAAGGACCACGAAUCGGCCGGUUCGAUCAUGCCGGCCGGUCCGUCGCCCUCCGUGGCCACAGCGGCACACUGGUGGUUCUCGGCACUUUCCUCCUCUGGUUCGGCUGGUACGGCUUCAACCCCGGUUCAUUCCUCAACAUCCUCAAAGCCUACGGGCACACCGCCGCCCCUUAUUACGGCCAAUGGAGCGCCAUCGGCCGCACCGCCGUCACCACAACCCUAGCCGGCUGCACAGCCGCAUUAACCACUCUCUUCGGCAAACGGCUUCUCGUCGGGCAUUGGAAUGUGACCGAUGUUUGCAACGGUCUACUAGGUGGAUUUGCCGCCAUAACCUCCGGGUGCGCGGUGGUAGAUCCAUGGGCAGCGAUUGUUUGUGGGUUUUUCGCAGCUUGGGUGUUGAUUGGAUUCAACAAAUUAGCGGAGAAAUUGAAGUACGACGAUCCAUUAGAGGCGGCGCAAUUACAUGGGGGAUGUGGGGCUUGGGGGAUUUUGUUCACAGGGUUAUUUGCAAAACAAGCUUAUGUGAAUGAGAUAUAUCCAGGGUUGCCGGAAAGGCCGUACGGGAUGCUGAUGGGCGGCGGAGGGUGGUUGUUGGCUGCUCAUUUGGUGCAAAUUUUGUCGAUUGUUGGUUGGGUUAGUGUGACAAUGGGGAUUGUUUUUUGGUUGUUGCACAAGUUUGAGUUGUUGAGGAUAAAGGCGGAGGCGGAGAUGGCCGGAAUGGAUUUGACGAGUCACGGUGGUUUGGCUUAUGUUUAUAACGAUGAAGAGAAGUUUUGAUGGGACGAAGAAAAUUUCUUUUUCUGUGGCUUUAAAUUGAAUUUUUGGUGAUGUACAUAUUUUGUUUUGGUUAUUUAAGGAUUGUUUUGUAUAUGGGUUUAAUUUUUUUAUUUUUAUUUUUCUUUCUUUGUUCAAUGGGUCUGUAAUGAUAUAGCUUUAGAUUUUGGUUUCAUAUAGAACAAUAAUACAUGUCUUUUCCUUUCCUUUCCUUCAAAAUGAAUUAUGUAUAUCCUAAUGGAGAAUGACAAUCUCUCAAAUCUUGAUGCCAA